ACCAAAACAAUUGCCAUUCACCUCAGGAUAACAUAGCUGGUUGAGUCUUCCAACCAUGGCUAACUCGCAAAGCUUGUGUUCUGUGCUAAUAUUGUCUGUCCUCCUUCAUACUGCAAUUGGAGCUAGUGAUGACCCCACCCUGGAUGUCAAUCCUAAUGCUCCAAAAACGAGAGGAAGCAGAUUUACUCUUGCCUUCAUGCAGAAUAACAAUCAAGAUUCAAUGACCACUGAACAACAAAUCGGAAUUUUCAUCACCACUGAACAGGAGAGCUCAAGUUUCACCCUAGAGACACGAUGGCCGGGAGUGAAUGGAUCAGGAUUCGCUGAGACCUCUCCUGGAUCUGGGCUGUGGUCUCGCACGGAAAUCGCUCGACGAGGAGAAUUCACUUUUAUUAAUCUGCCAGCAGGAAGGGGUGGCCAACAAGACAUAGCCGUGCAAAACAAUGGAAAUACCGAUGAAGCUGAAAGACAAAAGGGAAUCUUUAUAACAGCAGAGGAUCCAAACGAUGAGCUCACUGUAUAUGUGCUCAAUGAUGAAACUACAACAACUGAUGCGUACAUGGCUAUCAACUGUGUUGAGUUUCCAGGUGCUAGAGAUUACAAGUACUUUAUCUUUUCAUCUUCAGAACUUGCUGGCACUACAUUUCAGAGUCGAUUUCUCUUUACUCCUUGUCAAGAUGACACUACUGUCAGUGUACAAGCCUCCCAAACUCAAACCCAUCCCGAUUGGGUGCUACCAAGUUCUGGCACCUCAAGUCCUCGAGUCGAAGCAACUUAUGGGAGGGCUUUCAAUCGUUUUGACACUGUGAUGAUUAGCAAUCUUGACGAUCUUACCGGCUCUAUCAUCACUUCUGACAAGCCAUUAGCUGUAUUUUCUGGGCAUCAAUGUGGAGCUCCAACCAGUGAAGGAACUUGCGACUAUCUUGUAGAACAAUUGCCACCUCAUCCAACAUAUGGUGACCUGUUUUUCAUGGCUCCCUUUGCUGUCAGACAAAGCGGUGAACUGUACAGAAUUGGCUCAGUUUCUGCUGGAGCACAAGUAACAAUCAAUUGUGAGUGUGCAGCAAGUUCAGCUGAUAAUCGAACAGCAGUUGCACUGGUUAGCGUUGGAGAUGGUGUUUACACGGCCACAGUGGGUGCAGGAGAAUACGCUGAGUGCCGAACACCUCAGAGUGCUCAGACCUAUUGUAGUGUUACGUCCACUCAACCCGUUACUAUGGCUGGAUAUACACUCGGCCGUUUAGCUGAACCGGUUGAAGGUCGCACUGAAAAUUAUGAUCCUUCCCUAUAUUACAUACCAGCAGCUAACUCCUAUUUGAACAGCUACAGCUUCACUACAGCCAAGGAUUUGACCACUCAGUUCAACGGAUAUCUGAGCUACAUCUUUCCCACUCGCAUCUUCGAUAAUUCCACAGCAGAUCAACAAAGGUUUCUUGUAAAUGGAGAAACUAGAAUUCCUGAUGAUCAAUAUCAAGCCAUCAACUGUAGUGUGGAUGGUAUUGAUCAGGUGUGUGCUUAUGGAGGUACCAGCAACAUAGGCCAAGGAAAUUUCAACCUUACUUAUGACAACAUUCAAAAUGGAGCAUUCUGGGGAUUUGCAUACGGCUUCGCUCAACAGGUUUCAUUUGCUUAUCCUUUGCCUUUUGAACUGGAGCCAAUUGGACUGGCCUGGAUUCGAGCAGUGGAUCAAGUUGUACUGGAAACUGUUGGAACGGUUGAUCUCAUGUUUAGUAUUACCCGUGGUGAUCGAUCAGAGCGUAGUAGAGCAUUUGCUGACACUCAAGACCUCUCAGCCAUAGAAGGUUCUGAUUAUGCUGAUCCUCCACCACAAAAUAAUGGUGGUCUUGAUGAUCAAGGCAACCUGCGAUGGAGGAUAAUAAAUAGCCCUACACUCCCCAACGUUCCAUACGUAGUCACUAUUUUGGAUGAUGACAUUCCAGAGCCAGUGGAAGUGGUGGAGGUGAUUGUGCAGUGUGUUGCAAGAGAGAACUGCUACCUGCCCAGAACUCGGUACACCAUAACCAUUAUUGAUGAUCAAGGUGCCUGUCUUGACCUACCUGCUUUCUUGCUUGGUUCCAUCUCAUACGACUUCAGGAUUUUCCCAGAGAUUGGUGGUCGACCAUACGGAACAGUUGCCACGUACAUGUGUGAUGUUGGAACUAUAAUGGGAGAACCUACAAGAACUUGUGAGAAUGGAGUGUGGUCAGGAAGUGUACCAAGCUGCGGGACGCCUCCAGCGCCAUGUCCAGAACUGGAACCUAUUCCAAACGGAGCUAUUACAUAUGGUCCUGAUAUGACUGCUCCUUUUAAUUUGGGUACAAAUGCUACUCAUACCUGUAAUGAUGGUUUCAUUCUGACGGUCGGAUCUGAGACUCGAGAGUGUUUACCCGGAGGGAUAUGGUCUGGCAGGAUUCCUGUGUGCCAACGUAUACCUGGAUGUCCAGAACUGGAACCUAUUCCAAACGGAGCUAUUACAUAUGGUCCAGAUAUGACUGCUGACUUUGAUGUGGGUACAAAUGCUACUCAUACCUGUAAUGAUGGUUUCAUUCUGACGAUCGGAUCUGAGACUCGAGAGUGUUUACCCGGAGGGAUAUGGUCUGGCAGGAUUCCUGUGUGCCAACGUAUACCUGAAUGUCCAGAACUGGCACCCAUUCCAAACGGAGCUAUUACAUAUGGUCCAGAUAUGACAGCAGAUUUUGAUGUGGGUACAAAUGCUACUCAUACUUGUAAUGAUGGUUUCAUUCUGACGGUCGGAUCUGAGACUCGAGAGUGUUUACCCGGAGGGAUGUGGUCUGGCAGGGUUCCUGUGUGCCAACGUAUACCUGAAUGUCCAGAACUGGCACCCAUUCCAAACGGAGCUAUUACAUAUGGUCCGGAUAUGACAGCAGAUUUUGAUGUGGGUACAAAUGCUACUCAUACCUGUAAUGAUGGUUUCAUUCUGACGAUCGGAUCUGAGACUCGAGAAUGUUUACCAGGAGGGAUAUGGUCUGGCAGGAUUCCUGUGUGCCAACGUAUACCUGAAUGUCCAGAACUGGCACCCAUUCCAAACGGAGCUAUUACAUAUGGUCCAGAUAUGACAGCAGAUUUUGAUGUGGGUACAAAUGCUACUCAUACCUGUAAUGAUGGUUUCAUUCUGACGGUCGGAUCUGAGACUCGAGAGUGUUUACCCGGAGGGAUAUGGUCUGGCAGGAUUCCUGUGUGCCAACGUAUACCUGAAUGUCCAGAACUGGCAUCUAUUCCAAACGGAGCUAUUACAUAUGGUCCGGAUAUGACUGCUGACUUUGAUGUGGGUACAAAUGCUACUCAUACCUGUAAUGAAGGUUUCAUUCUGACGGUCGGAUCUGAGACUCGAGAGUGUUUACCCGGAGGGAUAUGGUCUGGCAGGAUCCCUGUGUGCCAACGUAUACCUGACCAGUGUCCCCCGCUGUCCACGUUUCCAAAUGGAAUGAUCACAUACUCUUCGGGGCCUCUCUUAACUUUCCCUGUGGGUACCGAGGCUGUUUAUGAGUGUAAUGCACCCGAGGGCUAUUGUCUCCCGGUUGACGCUACAUUGAGGGAGUGUCAGCCUUCGGGCACAUGGUCUGGAGUUGAACCAGUCUGUGAAAGAAUUACCUGUGAGAUCAUUGUGCUCGUAAAUGGAAGAGUAGAGUAUUCUGGGCCAUUACAAGUCGGCGCUACGGCAACCCAAUCGUGCACAGGGGCAGGUGUACUCACAGGAGGAAGAGUUCGGAUAUGUACCAGUCCUCAGUUAUCCGUGUCGUGUGACACACCGGGAGAAUGGGAGGAAGAAGCGUCACAGUGCGUUACUGUUGUGAAUGAUACGGCUAUUGGAGAUCCCCUUAUGACUGUACCUCUCAACAUUCUCAACAAGACAUCUUUCUUUGAAGCCAGCAUUAACAAUAAUAUAGGCCCCAACGAUAUCAUAAAUCUAUGCUAUGAGCUUCACGGUCGCAGAGAUGCUUUCGUUAACCUUGUGAGUGAUGAAUGCAUUGGCGUGAAUGCACAUUACGAGCUAGUACAACCCAGCGAACCACGAGAAGACAUAAACAUCAUUGAUAAUAUUUACGUGCGAGCCACGGAUAAUGUAGGAAUGUGUCAGAAUAUUCGAGUUGCCCUGAACGAAGGUGGUGUGUGCACUGCAAGUGUUAAUGGAGCAGAUAUUGCUGAUAUGUAUCAGGCAAACAGGAUCAGCAUUCGAAGGUAUACUAAUCGCGUUCGUAUCAUGGUCCCAAAUUGCGAAAAUGUCAAUCUGGUGAUGUGGGUAUUCUGUCGUCAGAGUACAUUCUGGAGCACAUUUCGUACUGACAACAAUGGAGCAGAGCUGACGUUUCAAGCUCACAUGAUCAAGUUCGUGAUAGCAAGAGGUUUUAAUCUCCGAGAAACAUCACACGGAAUAAUUGGUCAGUUCUGGAACAUCCCAAUCCUUGUGGAGCCAUUCACAGGUUCCAUUCGAUCAUCCGCAUCCACUGACAAUCUUUACCAAGUUACGAUUCAACAUCCCAAUGAGAGGCGCGAAUUUACUGCUUGGCUGUACCCUCUCACCUGGGAACACCGACGGGAAUAUUGCCUUUACGCUGGGAACCAACAAGCUGGGUCCGUGUACGAGGUUGAGAGCCCUAACGACCCUGUGAUUGAGGGCACGUAUGCAGACUAUAUCGUGGACACAGCCUAUGGUACUGAUUUUACUUUUACUCAAUUUGACGAGGGAAGAUGCAGCUCCGUGGUUAUUGGGUGAGAGUGGGACAAUUCAAGUUUGCUUAUAAUAAUUAUAACUAACAGUCAAUGUAGACAUCCUUGUGUAGAUAUAUAUAAAGAUACUUUAUCUUAUUAUUAUGUUUAGUAAUUCCUUAUCUUUUGUGUGUUUUGUAAAGAGAAAUGUGACUAUGUUAUGUGAACUGUGUUUUUGCGCAUUAUAUAAUUAUAAUAGUUGGAAAUUUCUCUGUGAUUUAGAAGCCCGUAUAACAUGUGUAUAAGGAUUUACUUUUGUUUA